AACUUUAUUACAUUAAUCGCUUAUUUGAUUCAUAAAUUUCAAAGGGUUCCACACCUAUUGAUCGGAUUUCCCCCAAAUUCUCCUGAUUUAGGGUUCUUCCGGGUUCGUUCAAUUGUUUUUUGGGGUUCAAUGAGCAUGGAAUGCGCUCGAUCCUUGGAUGUGACCGAGGCCGACGAAGAGGUCCAUCACCAUCGACGCGACAAUAGCCGUCAGUUUCCCCCUCCGGCUACGAAGAUUCACACCGGCGGCGGCGGCGGCGACGACGGCUGCUGUAUUCCUAGUACGACCAGAGUCCAUGAACUUCUCGAAUGUCCUGUUUGUACUAAUUCCAUGUACCCUCCAAUCCACCAGUGCCAUAAUGGUCAUACGCUCUGUUCAAACUGUAAAGCUAGGGUGCACAAUCAGUGCCCGACUUGUAGACAAGAACUUGGUGAUAUUAGGUGUCUGGCUUUGGAGAAAGUAGCCGAAUCACUUGAAUUUCCAUGCAAAUACAUGCCAUUAGGGUGCUCAGAGAUCUUCCAUUAUUACAGCAAACUCAAACACGAGGCUUUGUGUAGCUUCAGGCCUUACAGUUGUCCGUAUGCAGGAUCAGAGUGUUCUGCCACAGGUGAUAUCCCUUACCUCGUUUCUCACCUUAGAGAUGAACACAAAGUGGAUAUGCAUUCCGGGUGCUCGUUCAACCAUCGUUAUGUAAAACCAAAUCCCCGUGAAGUGGAGAAUGCUACAUGGAUGCUAACUGUCUUUAACUGUUUUGGUCACUACUUCUGCCUGCAUUUCGAGGCCUUCCAGCUCGGGAUGGCGCCAGUUUAUAUGGCGUUUCUUCGGUUCAUGGGCGACGAGACAGAGGCCCGAAGCUACAGCUACAGCCUGGAGGUCGGAGGAUAUGGACGGAAACUCACAUGGGAAGGGACGCCGAGAAGUAUAAGAGACAGCUAUAAGAAAGUGAGAGAUAGCCAUGACGGCCUCAUCAUAUACAGGAACAUGGCUCUCUUCUUCUCAGGCGGAGAUCGGAAAGAGCUGAAGCUACGUGUAACUGGUCGGAUAUGGAAAGAACAGCAGAACCCGGAAUCCGGAAACUGCAUUUCCCAUAACCUCUCUGCUUCAUAAUCCGUGGGUCUGUUUGAUGAAUUUUAAAGCAUAUGGGUACGGGUACCCCCUUUUUCUUGGUCUGAAGCUGUAAAUAUGGAAUAAUUUGACAGUUUUCUGAAAUUCCAGGCACUGUGAGAACAUGAUUUAUCAAAUGAAAACGAACAAAACACUUCAGCGAA